UUUAAAUAUAAUUUUUAUGUAAUAACACUUAUUUUCGCUAUUAUUAGACAGGUCUAACCUAUAAUUAAUUUAUUUAUACAUAUUAUCCUUUCCUACUUUUAUUUUCAUUUGAUCCUAUGAUGGAUGCUACAGUGACUAAUUUUAUAUAACAAGUCAAACUAAUUGUUUGAUCAGCAUAGCUACUUUGUGAAGGAAACAGGAUUUUUUUUGGACAUUUGCCAUCGUUUAGUGAAAUAAAAAAAAAUAGCAACACUACUUUUCGAGAUCUGCAAUCUGAUCUCUUCUUCAGGAUCCAAAAGUGGAGAAACAUGAAAUGAAUGAAAGUAGAAGAAAAAUAAAACUAACAAUCAAGAAACUUGAGGCCAUAAAAAAUUCUGGAAAUACACUAAUAGAACGGGACGUAAUAAACAGAAACAGUUAGAGAGUGUAAUGGAUGAAAAAUAUCUUCUCAAAGAGGAUAUCAGUAACUGUCCAUUUGACUUAGACACAGUGACCAAUACAUCAUCACUCCCAGAGCGAUCAACAUCAUCGCCAAUGUACAGUACCGAGGACAUUGAUCCGGUAUGGACGUGUCGACUUCCCCCACCCCCUGGCUGUCUUCCUGUUACCUCAUCAGAUGAGCCAUUUAACUUAGAGUAUGAUAUGAGCAAACUGCCACCUUCUGUCAGGACCUACGUUCUCCUGAAGGGUGUCACAGAAAAUGAAAUUUACGAGUUCUCAGGUGCCAGAGUUGCUUAUGUGGACGAGAAGAACCAUAUUUUAAUCCAAGCUACGACUCAAAAGUCAGUGAACAUGGCUAUCAGUUUAAUUGUAGCACUGAUAAAGGAAGGGUUUGACUCAUUGCUAGUGCAGAGAACGAAAACGGAAGUUGAAACAGAACCAGGUUUGGAGAGCAAUAUACCUACGUUAGUUAAGGAAAAUAGCCAAGGAGAGACUACAACAGAACCAGCAAAGAAACCGGCAGUGGAGGAGAUUCAGUCUCAACACUUUGAGAUGGAAUAUGAGAUAAACGAUUUGCCACUCAAUGUUAGGACCCAUAUUUUGUUAAGGGGAGUCGUGGAGAACAGAGUCACUUCUGCUUCGGGUGCCAGUGUCAGGACUGAGGGUUCCUAUGUGGUGCCACAGAACAAGAAAUAUUCCAAACAGAAACCACUCUGUGUCUUUAUUGAGGGCACUUGUGAAGAGUCAAUCAGUCUGGCAAAGAAAACACUGGAUGAGCUGAAAGCAGAAGCUUUCCGGUUGGAAGAAUCUACUAUUGUGAGAAAGGUGCCAGUGGGAAUGGAAGAGGCUCCAAAGGCAUUCGGUUUGAUCAAUCGUCUGUUGGGGCCAGAUGGGGUCAACCUGCGGUACGUAGAGGACCAGACAGGGGCCACUGUUUCACUGCGGGGACGACGGAGUGGAUUCAUCGAACACAACACCGGCCAAGAAUCUGAAGAACCCCUCCAUAUCAGAGUAGAACACAAGAACAAAGAUGCCAUUGAGAAUGCGGAGAUACUUGUAUGCAGCUUGGUGAAAUCAAUUCAGGACAAAUUUACAGAGUUCUCAACGUAUCAGAGUCAUCACUUUGUGUACUAUGAUCAGACCCUUCCAGGUGUCUCAGGUGCACAACCAUAUGUUGACCCUCCAUCCAAGAUAGGGUAUGAAAGCGUACCAGUGCAAACAACACAGGUAGUGUAUGAAAGUGCUCCUGUGUUGAACAAAGCUCCAACAUGCUUCCUUGUUCCAAAAAAACCCCCGUCCUCUCCAAAUAUUCUUCCUGCAUCCAAGAGUUCACAUCUUCCCACAUCCAAAGAUUCACCUGCUCCCACACCCAAGAAUUCACCUCUUUCUAAAUUCAAAGAUUCACCACUUCCCACAUCCAAGGAUUCACCUCUUCCCACACUCAAGAAUUCCCCUCUUCCCAUACUCAAAGUUUCAUCACUUCUCACACCUAAGGAUUCACUUCUUCGCACACCCAAGGAUUCACAUCUUCCCACAUCCAAAGAUUCACCUGUUGCCACACCCAAGAGUUCACCUCUUCCCACACCCAAAAAUUCACCUCUUCCCAAAUUCAAAGAUUCACCACUUCCCACGCCUAACGAUUCACCACUUCCCACACCCAAGAAUUCACCUCUUCCCAAAUCCAAAGAGUCACCACUUCACACAUCCAAAUAUUCACCUCUUCCCACACCCAAGAAUUCAUCUCUUCCCAAAUCCAAAGAUUCACCACUUCACACAUCCAAACAUUCACCUCUUGCCGCACCCAAGAAUUUCCCUCUUCCCAUAUUUAAAGUUUCGCCACUUCUCACACCCAAGGAUUCACCUCUUUCCACAUCCAAAGAUUCACCAUUUCCCAUACCCAAGAAUUCUUCUCUUCCCAUACCUAAGGAUCCAUCACUCUGCACACCCAUGGAUUUACCGCUGACCACCCACAAGAAUCCACCUCUUCUCACGCCCCAGAAUCUACCUUCCUCCACACCGAAGAAUUCUCCUCUCAGUUUGUCUCAGGGGGUUCCCCCUCCCUUGUUGGGUCCACCAAUAAGACCUCCUCCUCCUCCCAUGAUUCCUUCUUCAACCGUUCACCCAGGAGUAAUAAUACGAACUGUUCCUCAUCAGAGGUUAGAGUUGACCCAAAAGAGGCUGCUGGAGCUUGGGAAAGAGCUCAAAUGUCAAACUGGAGAAACGUUGAGUACAAAAUCUGCAAUGACUCCAUCUUUGUUAAAGAUCAAUAAUCCUGUGAAAAAAGUUAAGUUUGCAAUAAUAACGGGUACCAAGAAAACAGUGCUGCCAAACACUUCCGGUCAGACAAUAACGAACCCAGCAAAAACUUUAGGUGCCAAGGCUCUUCAUCAAUAUACUGAGAUCAAUGAAGAAUUUCAGACAAAUAUUGAGAAACACUUGGUUAAACCUGAUAGUAAGAGUGGUAGUGACUAUUCUCCGACAGUACAGAAAGCUGAAGUUGGUAUGUCACCUCAGCCAUCUGUUAAACAAGAGGAUGUCCUGCAGGCUUCUUCUAUCUAUAAAAACAGAUAUUCCACUCACAGGCCUUUGAACAAGAAGGUUAAACUUGGGUCAACGAAGGAUGCCACCCAGUUUAUAAGGCUUUCUGGCUCUGCAAGGAAACGGUUCAAGAGGCUGUUGGCUGCUGGUGUGAAACCAGAUGUAGCCCGGAUUGUUGCGCUUGAGAGUCCGAAUCGUAAAGAUUCUGACAAGUCUACAAAGAAAUUGAUGACUAUCAACUGUGGAGACAGUAAGAGUGAUGGUGUUACACCUCUGACGACACAGAGCACUGAGGCUGGUGUGUCACCUCAGUUGUUGUCUGGUAAACAAGAGGAUGUCCACUUGCCCUCUGGAAACUCUUCUUCCACUGAUUUCCAUCCACGCUUGAACGAUUCGUCCCAUCUUGCCAAACUUGCUAAAACUGCAAAGAGGCGAUUCAACAUGCUUUUGGAUAUAGGUGUGAAACCGGACACAGCACGAAUUGCUGUACUUGCUUUUGUGGAUCCUGCCUCUGCCAAGCAUCCAGAAAGCUCCUCCCAGAAAUCAGUGAGUGCAAGUGUAUGACUGUUUAUCUAGGAAUACAGGAAAUAAAGAAUUUUUCAUUUAAUUCCAACAACACUAUCCCUCCCAUAAAAACCACCUUAAGACCAUGUACAUUAAUGCCAAAAUAUGACCAAAUGAUACUAUCCAUAUUCUUGCUGAAAGGUCUUUAAAUGACGAAGUCCACUCCUAUGAAAUACCAUAUCAUUGCCAAUACCAAUACUAUAACUUGAAAGAAACGUAAUUAUAUCACACUGAACAUUAUUGCUAAGAAAUUUCCAUAUAUUUAGGUUCUUUUAUUCCAAAGGUUAAUUAUUAAAUGACAUUGUCUGAUUUGUGGGUAAUAGGAAUGAAAUUUAUUUAUAAGGGUUCAUAAAAUUUGCAACUUCAACCCCUUCCCUUGAUACAGAAGACAAA